CUAGAUAACUGUUCCUUAUGCUUCCUUCCAGAACGAGAUAGAUCAAAUCUGUAAAGCAGGAGAUACCUCGGUAUCCAAGUAGCGAUAGUAGCUGCUUGUUAUAUAGCCUUGGAAACCGGGACCGAAGAAAGCUUAACUAGGGGAGUUCUAUCCAAGAUAGGUAAUAUAUCCUCUACUUCGACCUGAAGGAGGAAUGCUAUUUUGGGGGAACAAAGAUUAGCCAACUUCUGGAAAAACCGGCGUGCCUAGCUAUCGGUUUACCCCUUGGACAGCUAUUUCAUCAAGGAGUACGACGAGAAACACUCGCUUCAAAUACACCCACCUAACCGAAGAGAAAUACACACUUACCUCUAAACUGCGAGAAGUCAACAUGGUUUCAUUCACUUUUUGGAGUCUCCUCGCUCUUUCAACUAUCAGUGCUGCGCUCUUGAGACCUCCUCCACCUCUACCUAAGCCACACCCUAAAUUUCCAUUUCCACCAUUUCCCAACAUUUCAGCGAUCGCGCCUGGCGCCCAAUGUGCUCCAUUCGAAGAUCCGCACUGCUGCAUCGUUACGCCGGUCUGCGAGUGUACCAAUGGGACUUUCUUCAGCAUAAAUGGUGGAACUCCUUCAAUCUGUGGACCUCCCGGUAGUGACAACUACGGACAGGAUGUGAGUGGCAUCCCUGGAUGGUGCUGUUAGAUAAGGGGUAGCAAGCAUUAUGACCUUUCGGGGCUACCUAGUUGCUUGGGACACGGAAAUAUGGCUCUUGCUAUAAUAUGAGCUGUCAAGAGAAACAU